GUCCUACAAGGUUUUCCCAGACAACAUUUGCGUUGUAGGAAAUCUAGUGGACUGACACACAUUUCAUGUAGGUGGGUCAAUACGCUUUUUCUUCAAAACGCCUUGACCGCGCAAACGCUACUAGGGAAGGACUUGCAACUGGCACUCCAAGGUGCAACAUGUGUGGUAUAUGGGCGAUAUUCGGCAGUGAUGAGGAUGUGUCCAAGCAGUGCGUCAGCGCGCUCAGUAUCGGACACCGCGGGCCCGACUGUUUCCGUCUGGAGAACAUCAACCACUUCAAGAACUGCUGCUUCGGCUUCCAUCGAUUGGCCAUCGUGGGAGACAUGUUUGGCAUGCAGCCAAUGAGAGUCCACAGAUAUCCCCAAAUAUGGCUGUGCUUCAACGGAGAAAUCUACAACUACAGAAGGAUAGCCGAGCAGUUUGGGUUCAACUAUGAGACAGGCUGUGACGGUGAGGCCAUCAUCAGUCUCUACAUGCACGGUGGGAUCGAGUUCGCUGCCAAACACCUGGAUGGGGUCUUUGCUUUUAUUCUCCUGGACACACAACAGAAGAGGGUGUACCUUGGACGGGAUACCUACGGAGUGCGUCCCAUGUUCCGCCUGCUGAAGGAUGAUGGCUUUCUGGCCGUCUGCUCAGAGGCUAAGGGGUUGAUGGGAGUGAGUCAUGACAAUGACGACAACAAAGUUGACAUUGAGCCGUUUCCGCCGGGUCACUUUGAGGCGUACGACCUCAGUCCCAACGGCAAGGUCACCCUGAGGGAACGUGCCAGGUUCCACAAGAUUGGAGACAUGCCCAAGUACGACGCUCUCGUGAAACCACAGGGUAAGUUUCAACUUUAUAAAAAGGAAGACAUUUAUACCAACAUCCGAGUUCUCCUGGAAGGAGCUGUGAAGAAGCGACUGCUCGGAGGCCGAAGGAUCGGGUGUCUGCUAUCAGGUGGUCUGGACUCCAGUCUGAUCUCUGCACUUCUGCUGAAACAUGCUAAGAAGUCCGGCAUCGUCUACCCUGUCCAGACUUAUGCUGUGGGAAUGGGGGGCAGUCCUGAUGUCUUGGCUGCCAGGACGGUUGCGAAGUACAUCGGCAGUGAGCACCAUGAAGUGUCCUUUACCCCAGAGGAGGGGAUUCAGGCCAUCGAGGACGUCAUCUACAAUCUGGAGAGCUAUGACGUCAUCACCAUCCGGGCAUCUGUAGCUAUGUACCUGGUGUCUCAGUACAUCCGCACGAAGACAGACUCUGUCGUCAUUUUCUCCGGGGAGGGAUCUGACGAACUCGCUCAAGGGUACAUCCACUUCAACAAGGCUCCGUCUGCAGAUGAAGCAGAUGUGGAGAGCCGACGGUUGCUGAAAGACCUCUACAUGUACGACGUCUUGAGGGCGGACAGAAUGCCAAGUGCUCAUGGCCUGGAGCUGCGUGUGCCCUUCCUGGACCACAUGUUCACCGGUUACUACCUGUCCCUACCGGCCGAGUUGAGACGAGCCAAGGACGGGAUUGAGAAGUACACCCUGCGGAAGGCGUUUGACGGAACGGGCCUCCUGCCCGAUGAGAUCUUGUGGCGCCCGAAGGAGGGAUUCAGCGACGGUGUGUUAUCGGUGAAGACAUCGUGGCAAGAAACCCUCAAGGAGUAUGUGGAAGAACAGGUUAGCGAUGAGAUGAUGGAAGACGCCCCCAAGACGUUCCCGUUUAACCCUCCACGUACCAAGGAGGCUUACUACUUCCGCCAGAUCUUCGAGAAACACUUCCCCGGCAAGUCCAAGUGGAUCCCUUACUACUGGAUGCCGCGGUGGAGCAAAACCGACGACCCCUCCGCUCGCACACUCAAACACUACAAGCCGUACUCGGCUUAUCCAGCCUAAGAGACACCUACCAGUUUUUGCAUUAUCAGAGGAAAUAAUCUUUAACUAGUCAGCCAUUAUAUUAACAUAAUUUGGCAGGAGGUCUUGAACUCUAACUAUACUACGGAAAGUAAAAUGUAUGUUUUCUGUACUAUUAACACUAUUUAAACUCUUGCAUAAAGAUAAAGAAACACAAUCACAUUGAUUUUAAAAUGGCAUAAAAUAAAGAUCUGUUAAUUUCUUUCUGGAAUGCCAACAUCUCAAUCCUGUUAAGCUGUUGAGAAAAUAAUAUCUAUAAUGUUAACAGAAAGAUGAAUUGAUGUUUAACAAACAAAAACUACUUGUGUAUGAGACGCUGAAGGGAACUGGCCUGCAAUGUGACUUUGAGUAAGCGCCAAAGGCCAAGAGUUUGUUGAAUAAAUUAAAUAAUUCACACCUCUGUAACAGAACAUUGUUAUUUUUAAAAUGUUUUAUUCAAUAUCUGAUCACA